CGAAGGUUCCUCAUCUCAAGAUAGAUAUUACAGCAGAUUCUGGAAUUCUAACCAGAUUGUUUCUUUAAAAGAAAGUCUGUGCAAUAAGAGUUUUCAGGAUUGGGGUCUCCAAGCUAAAUACAUAUAUAAGAAGCCUGUAAGGGGAGUGUCUGUGUUUCUGCAUUGUCUUGGUACUCUAGCUCAAUCAAUGUGUAACAGCUGACCUUUGGCAACUUGUAUUCCUGUUUUAGUCUGUUUGUUUUGCAAUUUGCUAAUCCAGAGGAGAGUCGGAGAUUCAACAGGAUGCUGGUGCUGGUGAUAGGAGACUUUCACAUCCCACACCGAUGUAGCAGCCUUCCGGCCAAGUUCAAAAAGUUGCUAGUUCCAGGCAAGAUCCAACAUAUCCUUUGCACUGGGAAUCUGUGCACCAAGGAGAGCUAUGAUUAUUUGAGGACACUGGCUGGAGACAUCCACAUUGUUAGAGGAGACUUUGAUGAGGGCAUGAGUUACCCCCAGCAGAAAAUUGUCACCAUUGGACAGUUCAGAAUUGGUCUGAUCCAUGGCCAUCAAAUUAUACCUUGGGGGGAUCUAGCCAGCUUGGCGAUCCUGCAGAGACAGCUGGAUGUGGACAUCUUAAUAUCCGGACACACUCACAAGUUUGAGGCAAUAGAACAUGAGAAGAAGUUCUACAUCAAUCCUGGUUCAGUCACAGGGGCCUAUAACGCUCUGGAAGGGGAUAUAAUUCCUUCAUUUGUUCUGAUGGAUGUUCAGUCCUCCAUGGUGGUUACUUAUGUAUAUCAACUCAUUGGGGAUGAGGUGAAAGUAGAAAGGAUUGAAUACAAGAAAACCUGAAACGGAAUGAUUUGCCCUGGAUGUCUAUUUCAGCUAGAAAGUUUAGCAAAUUUUUAAGUCAUUGCACCUGUUCAUCUUGGGUUGUUCAAGUUGCUUGUGGUUAAUCCGAAU